AUGGCCAUCAAGUCCAUCACGGCAACCCAACGGCUGGAUUCGCGCGGCAAUCCAACCGUCCAAACGCGUAUUGUAACAUCAAAUGGAACCUUUACAUCUCUUGUUCCAUCCGGAGCCUCGAAGGGCGACUAUGAAGCGGUGGAGCUUCGAGAUGGUGACGAUUCUAUCUACCAUGGCAAUUCCGUCCUCAAAGCCGUCCGUAACGUCAAUGAGAUUCUAGGUCCCGCCGUGUGCAAAGCUGGAUUGGAUCCUGCAACAGAACUCAAGCGACUCGACCAACUCAUGAUCAAGCUUGAUGGCUCGAAUGACAAAGGAAACCUCGGAGCCAAUGCCAUACUUAGCAUCAGUAUGGCUCUAGCGCGAGCAGGAGCGGCCGCCAGGAACAUUCCACUAUAUGAAUACAUCGCUGCAGAAGCUGGAUUGCCGACGGAUAACUAUGUACUUCCCGUCCCCUUCUUCAAUGUACUCAACGGGGGAGAUCAUUCCGGCAACUCGAUGGCGUUUCAAGAAUUCAUGAUUGCACCUGUUGGAGCAUCUUCUACCAGCGAAGCUGUACAAUUCGCCGCCGAGACCUACGCCUCACUCAAGAGUGUUAUAGUCGCAAAGUCGGGCAAGUCAGCCAUCGGUAUCGGUGACGAGGGUGGGUUCGCUCCUCCCAUCUAUCAUCCAUGCGAAGCUCUCGAACUCUUGACGCAAGCAAUCGAGGACGCCGGCCACACCGGCAAGAUCUGCAUCGGUAUCGACCCUGCCUCCCAGUCGUUCUUCGAGCAUGGUUCAUACAAUAUCGGCUUCAAGACCGAGACACCCGAGUCACUGCAACCGUCUGAACUAGCCCAGAUGUAUCGGUCUUUGAUGGACUCUUAUCCUAUCAUACUGCUUGAAGAUCCAUUUGGCCAGGACGAUUGGCAGUCCUUUGUCGAGUUCAACAAGGACUGUCCAAUCGAAUUAGUCGGUGACGAUUUGCUAGCGACCAACAUAACAAGAAUCAAGAUGGCCAAGGACAAAGGAGCUUGCAACAGCUUGCUCCUCAAGAUUAACCAGAUCGGAACGAUAUCUGAGGCUAUCGCAGCCGCCAAAGAAGCAUAUGCUGCGGAAUGGUCUGUUUUCGUCUCUCACCGCUCUGGUGAAACUACGGAUGACUUCAUUGCCGACCUAACAGUCGGUCUCCGAACUGGCCAUCUCAAGUCCGGUGCUCCCUGUCGUGGCGAACGUGUUGCAAAAUAUAACAGAUUGAUGGACAUAGAAGAUGAGCUCGGUGACAGGCAGCUGCCGUUUAAGUAUGCAGGACCGAAUCUUCGGCAUGCUCAGAAGUUGUAG